AUGCUAGAGCAGCAGCAGCAGCAACAAGGUAUUCUUUGGAGUCCAAUAGAAAGAAAGUGCAUGUUUCUUCUUCAUAGGUGCAGGACAAGAAAAACCCUCGUGCAAAUCCACGCUCUCAUUCUUCGAAACACCAUCGAUACCAACGUUAGCAUUUUUACCAAAUUCAUCUCCACUUGUGAGCAGCUCUUUAGUAUCCGUCAUGCUCGCCACAUGUUUGAUAAUAGACCUCACAGAGAAGACACCUUCCUUUGCAAUUCUAUGAUCAAAGCUCAUGUGGGUAUGCGCCAGUUCUUUGAUGCUUUCACUCUUUAUAAAGAUCUCAGACGAGAAACAUGUUUUGUACCUGAUAAUUUCACGUUUACUGCAUUGGCGAAAUCUUGUGCUUUGGGGAUGGCUGUUUGGGAAGGUUUAGAGAUGCAUGGUCAUGUUGUAAAAAUUGGAUUUUUCUUUGAUAUGCAUGUGUCAACGGCAUUGGUGGAUAUGUAUGCAAAGUUUGGGAAUUUGGGUUUCGCAAGGAAGGUGUUUAAUGAUAUGACUGGGAGAAGUUUAGUGUCUUGGACUGCGCUUAUUGGUGGGUAUGUGAGGCGCGGGGAUAUGGACAAUGCCUGGUUUCUUUUUAAGCUGAUGCCUGGGAGAGAUUCUGCGGCAUAUAAUCUGAUGCUUGAUGGGUAUGUUAAAGUGGGAGAUAUGGAUUCUGCGAGACGUUUGUUUGAUGAGAUGCCGGAAAGGAAUGUGAUUUCUUGGACUAGUAUGAUUUAUGGGUAUUGUAACAAUGGUGAUGUUUUAUCUGCUAGGGGUUUGUUUGAUGCUAUGCCGGAGAAAAACUUGGUCUCUUGGAAUGCCAUGAUUGGCGGAUAUUGUCAAAACAAGCAACCCCAUGGAGCCUUAAUAUUGUUUCGUGAGUUGCAGUCAAGCAUGGUGUUUGAACCAGAUGAAGUAACGGUUGUAAGCAUUCUUCCAGCUAUUUCUACUUUGGGUGCUCUGGAAUUGGGUGAGUGGGUACAUCGAUUUGUUCGGAGGAAGAAACUUGAUAGAGCAGUCAAUGUCAGUACUUCACUUGUCGAUAUGUAUGCAAAAUGUGGAGAAAUAUCAAAAGCAAGAAGUGUUUUUAGUGAGAUGCCUAAAAAGGAGACGGCUACUUGGAAUGCUUUGAUAAAUGGAUUUGCAGCGAAUGGGCAUGCUAAGGAAGCACUGGAAGCAUUUUCAGAGAUGCAACAGGAAGGAAUUAAGCCAAAUGACAUAACCAUGAUUGGUGUUUUAUCUGCUUGUAACCAUGGUGGUCUGGUAGAGGAAGGGAAAAGAUUGUUUAAAGCCAUGGUCGAAUUUGGGCUUACCCCAAAAAUUGAGCAUUAUGGAUGCCUAGUUGAUUUAUUGGGGAGGGCAGGGUGCUUGGAGGAAGCUGAGAAUUUGAUCAAAAGUAUGCCUUUUGAAGCUAAUGGAAUAAUUCUGAGUUCAUUUUUAUUUGCCUGUGGAUUCUCUAAGGAUGUUGCUAGAGCGCAGAGAAUGCUAAAUCAGGCUGUCAACAUGGAGCCAUAUAACGAUGGAAACUAUGUCAUGAUGAGAAACUUAUAUGCCAUGGAGGAAAGAUGGAAAGAUGUUAAGGAAAUUAAAGGACUGAUGAGGAGAAGUGGGGCAAAGAAGGACGUUGGUAGUAGUGCAAUAGAAGUUAAUAGUGCGGUUUCAGAGUUCAUAUCUGGGGGGAUAGCUCACCCGCAAUUGGAUGUUAUAGAGUCCGUCAUAGGGCAAUUGUGGAUGCACAUGACGGACAGUGUGGGUACUCAGACUCCAUAA